CAAUCGAAAUAUAAGAGAUCCAAAAACAUGGGACUACUUGCUGCCUGCCGGUGGUGACUAAGGAAGCAAGGAACCCCCUUCUCUAUUUAUUCCUCUGUCAUUUUCACGACGCCUGCUUCCCUGAAAGAACCCGAUUUGCUCCUCCAUUUUUUUUUUUUUUGUUUUAUAACAUGGUCAAAACAAUGCACCUGUAAACUUAAUCUUGACCGUUAAUUCCAACGGACAAGAUCGCAUGGAAUGACACUGCAUAGAGGGAGACUGAAAAGUCUCUGGCGACUGUAAGAUAUUCUAUAAAGGCAUGGUCAUUUUCCUUAAUGGCAAAGCUUCCCCAUACAAUAUAUACGGUUAUCGGCUUCUCCAAUUCAUAUACUCUCAAUCCGAUUCAUUGAUUACAAGCAAGUAUUUCAGUUUUUAAGCAUAUUUCUCUUUUACAACUUCAACAAAAUGGCCCACUCACUUAAAUUUGAGAAAGAAAUGGUUCAAACUUCAGAGAGGGUGAAAUGUGUGGAUCUACAUCCAUCCAAACCAUGGAUUUUAGCCGCUUUGUACUCCGGAAAUGUCUGUAUUUGGAACUACCACUCACAGAAAAUAGAAAAGUCCUUCAAGGUCACUGAAUCACCAGUAAGAUCAGCCAAGUUCCUAGUGCGUGAAAACUGGAUUGUUGUUGGAGCUGAUGAUGGACAUAUUCAUGUAUACGACUAUGAUACAAUGGAAAUGAUCAAAGACAUCGAGGCACAUACAGAUUACAUUAGGAGUCUGAUUAUUCAUCCGACCCUUCCGUACGUGUUAUCGUCAUCGGAUGACAAGCUUAUAAAGCUAUGGGACUGGGAGAAGGACUGGAUUUGCAGUAAGGUGUUUGAGGGCCAUCAACACUAUGUGAUGCAAGCUGCUUUCGAUCCGAAUGACCUCAACACUUUUGCAAGCGCAUCACUUGAUGGCACCAUUAAGAUUUGGAAUAUGGAUUCUGGAUCUCUAGAUUUUACAUUGGAUGCUCAUUCGAAAGGGAUUAAUUGCAUUGAAUACUUCAUGGCCGAUGAUAAACCGUUUCUGAUCAGUGGUUCUGAUGAUUACACUGCUAAGGUAUGGGACUAUGAAACCAAAUGUUGUGUCCGAAAACUAGAAGGCCAUACACAUAAUGUUACUGCAGCAAGUGUCCACCCACAGCUUCCCAUUAUAAUUACUUGUUCGGAAGAUGGAACUGUUCGUGUCUGGGACAAAACAAGUUACAGGCUUGACAACACAUUGGCAUAUGGUCUUGAAAGAGUCUGGACUGUUGCGUACAUGAAAGACUCCAGCAAAGUCGUGUUUGGGUGCGAUAAAGGGACGAUUGUGGUCAAAAUUAGUGGCUCUAAUGGCUCCGAUUCUGCUGAUGUUUGACGGCAAGGAGGCGUACUUGAUUGCAUUUUUUAUCAUCAGCUUGAAGAUGCAAACUUAUUUCACCGACUGGUUUCUAUGUUUAGUGUGUGGGGCAACCAAUAAAGGCUUCUUUGGUGUUGUAAUUUAUAGGCUCAUAUUUUAACCUGUUCUUCCUGUAUUGUAAUGCUAUAAAAUUCCAGGGAAUAAAAGUCCUAUUUUUGUAUUAAUAUAUAAAAAAUAAUAAUGCAAAAUAUUGACGCAAUGCAGUUCUUAUAUAUAUGUUAUUUGGAUA